AAGGUUGACACGACAUGUCAUUCAUACACAUUACCCUUCUGCCCAGCUUCCUGAACAUCACAAGCCUGAUUAGUGAUUAAUCAAAUCUCCCAGUUCCUGAACUGGAAGCCAAAAAAAACCCUCAAAGAAGCGAUUUUGGGGAAUCGAAAAUGGCAAAAAUCGCGUUAGGCUGCGAGCCAGUAGUAGGGUCACUAACCCCAUCAAAGAAGAGAGAGUAUAGACUCACCAACAGACUCCAAGAAGGCAAAAGGCCUUUAUAUGCUGUUGUUUUUAACUUCAUCGACUCGCGCUACUUCAAUGUCUUUGCCACUGUCGGUGGCAACCGGGUGACUGUUUAUCAAUGUCUUGAUGAGGGAGUUAUAGCAGUAUUGCAGUCUUAUGUUGAUGAAGAUAAGGAUGAGUCUUUUUAUACGGUGAGCUGGGCAUGCAACAUUGAUGGUGCACCAUUCGUUGUGGCAGGAGGAAUCAAUGGUAUCAUGCGUGUCAUCAAUGCCAGCAAUGAGGAGAUACACAAGAGUUUUGUUGGGCAUGGGGACUCGAUAAAUGAAAUCCGGACUCAGCCACUGAAACCAUCACUUGUGAUAUCUGCAAGCAAAGAUGAAUCAGUUCGGUUGUGGAAUGUUCAUACUGGAAUUUGCAUUUUGAUAUUUGCUGGAGCUGGUGGUCACCGCAAUGAAGUUUUGAGUGUGGAUUUCCAUCCUUCAGACAUAUAUCGCAUUGCUAGUUGUGGCAUGGACAACACCGUUAAGAUUUGGUCAAUGAAAGAGUUUUGGACAUAUGUAGAGAAAUCUUUUACAUGGACAGAUUGUCCUUCAAAGUUCCCCACAAAAUAUGUGCAGUUUCCAGUGUUCAUAGCUUCAGUUCAUUCAAACUACGUUGAUUGUAAUCGGUGGCUUGGUGAUUUUAUGCUGUCAAAGAGUGUUGAUAAUGAGAUUGUGCUAUGGGAACCCAAAAUGAAGGAACAGUCUCCUGGAGAGGGUACUGCCGACAUCCUUCAAAAAUACCCCGUUCCAGAAUGUGAUAUCUGGUUCAUCAAAUUUUCCUGUGAUUUCAAUUACAAUGCAGCUGCCAUAGGGAAUAGGGAAGGGAAGAUCUAUGUUUGGGAACUGCAAAGCAGCCCCCCUGUUCUCAUAGCAAGGCUAUCUCAUGCUCAGUCCAAAUCUCCAGUUAGACAGACUGCAAUGUCCUUUGAUGGAAGCACCAUCCUUAGCUGCUGUGAGGAUGGGUCAAUAUGGCGCUGGGAUUCAAUACCACCACCUUCCUAAAGUUUAUAUCCAAGUGGUCCCUUGGGAGAUUUGCUGUCACAGUUGACCUGCUUUAGUUGACUGGUUUAAGGCUAAUGUAACUUAUUUGGAAUUCUAACAGCUAUUUGACCCGUGAUUAGUUGUGGGUUGCAUAUUUUUUAAAAAAGAAAAAUGAAUAUGUAAACUUUUUCAACAUAUUUUUUAUAUAAAAAAAUUAAAAAUAUAAAUUAAAAUGUUUA